AUUCCAUUUUUGAAUAACAACAUUACAAUGAUUAUAUUUUUGCCAAAUAAAAAUAUGGAACCUGGGAAUCUGGAGUACUUGGAUAAAAAGCUUAACUUUGCAGAAUUUAAGUCAAUUAGAAAUGCAUACACAAACAAAUUUGAGCAAGAUAUGGAAUUAUAUUUACCUAAGUUUACGAGUCAAUGUCGUCAAAAUAUGACAGAAUAUUUUCAUCAGAUGGGCAUAACUACGAUGUUCGAAGAUAAUGCGGAUUUUACACGUCUCUCAAAAAUUCCUCUAAAAGUGAACAAUAUCGUUCAAACAAUUUCCGUAACAAUUAACGAAGAAAGUUUGGAAGUUCCGAAUGUUGACAAAAGCGAAGUAAGAAAACUGGCAAGUCCACUGCAAGAGUUGGUCGUAGAUCGUCCGUUUCAUUAUAUAAUCGAAAUACAUGGAGAGAUAAUAUUUGUUGGAACCGUGCGAGUACCAGACUUUAGAACAUUUAUGAGAGAUAAAUUAUAAAUUCUAUUAUGUUCU